AUGGGUCUUAACCAUCCCUUCAUGCCAUCACCGGUGAUGAGACCAAGAAUUUUAGUGUCUCAGAUUUCUGCAUGUCUUCAAGACCCUACACUAAAAUCCAGUGUUACUCUAACUGCAUAUUUGGAUACAAAUGAGGACUUCCGGCUCCUUUAUGACACUAAAGGUCGUUUCUGCCUUCAUGCCAUCACUGGUGACGAGACCAAGUUUAAGCUUUGCAAAGUUAGGUCCGUCCAAUUUGGCCAGAAUGGUAUUCCAUAUCUCAAUACCUACGAUGGACGCACCAUUCGGUACCCAGACCCUUUGAUCAAGGCUAAUGAUACCAUCAAGCUUGACUUGGAGAGCAACAAAAUUGUUGAUUUCAUUAAGUUUGAUGUCGGGAAUGUUGUCAUGGUCACUGGAGGAAGGAACAGGGGACGUGUUGGAGUGAUUAAGAACAGGGAGAAGCAUUAG